AGUCCCAGUGGGAUUGGGCAGUUUCCUGCCAGCUGCGCCUCAGCUAAACAGAGUCUGGGAAGAAGAAUCAACAAGAACCACUGCAUCAGCACCGGUCAAUGAAUGGCACGGAUGAAGAACUAAACCGGUGAAAGACCGUGAAAUUGUAUUAAGGUGCUGAGGACGCUCCAAUCGGUUGUCUACAAGCUCUUGAGAGUUUAUCAAGCUGAAGUGGCUGAGUGGUAGGUAGUCCAAGCCAUGUGGUGGUCGUGGCCCCUGCUCCCUGGCCUGGUACUCUUCUCUGUGCUGUCUGUGGUACAAGUACAGACUGCACCAUGUCAGACCUGCCGCAAACUAACUGACAGCUUCAUCAAGGGCCUGGAGAAAACAUCCAAUAAAAACUUUGGGGGUGGGAACACUGCUUGGGAGGAGGAGAAGCUGGCUAAAUAUGCUCGCAGUGAGACCAGGCUGCUGGAGAUAGUGGAGGCAGCAUGUGAGAAAUCUGACUUUGACUGUAACAAACUGCUGGAGCAGUUAGAGGACCAAGUGGAGACAUGGUGGUUCCACCGGCAGCAGGAGGCUCCAGAUCUAUUUGAGUGGCUGUGUAUAGAGGAGCUCCGACUCUGCUGUCCCCCAGGACGCUUUGGCCCAGACUGCAAAGAGUGUCUGUCCGGUCCUGGAGGUGUGUGUGGUGGUCUGGGUCGCUGUGAGGGAGAGGGUACCCGUCUGGGAGAUGGAGAGUGUGUGUGUGAUCCGGGGUACUUUGGUCAGCUGUGUCAGAGCUGUGCAGAUGGCUACUACAGAGAGAAGAGCUCCAAUCACAGCACACCAGCCUGUGCAGCAUGCUACCACUCUUGUAAAAAAUGCUCAGGGCCAGAGGACUACAAAUGUGUGGACUGCAAACCUGGGUGGAUCCUCCAUGACAACAAGUGUGUUGACACUGAUGAGUGUGGCACAGAGUUGGCUCGAUGUCUCUCCAACACAUAUUGCCACAACACAGAUGGAUCGUACGAGUGCAGAGGCUGUGACCAGGCAUGUGUGGGCUGUAUGGGCAGUGGUCCUGCCCGCUGUAAGAAAUGUGCUAGGGGAUACAAGCUCAGAGGAGCCAAAUGUCUUGAUGUGGAUGAGUGUAGUGAGAGGGUGAUAGCGUGUCCAGGGCUGAAUGAGGCUUGUUUCAAUGAAGAGGGCUCCUUCCGCUGUGAAUGUGCUGACGGCUUCAUCCGAAGGGACAGCAUCUGUGUGGAGAACCAGCCUUACAGUGGUCCAGAGAAGGGCCUGUUUGAUGACAUGACUGAUGACGAGGUACUUGUCCUGCAGCAGAUGUUCUUUGGCGUGGUCAUCUGUGCCCUAGCAACGCUUGCCGCCAAGGGUGACAUGGUCUUCACCGCCAUUUUCAUCGGGGGCGUGGCCGCCAUGGCCGGAUACUGGCUAUCAGAGAAAGGUGAUCGCAUGCUGGACGGCUUCCUGAAGGGACGCUAGCCUAUCAGGAGCCAGGGAUAUGGGAAAGAUGAAGGAACUCAUUGAAUGCAAGCCGAUGUGGGUGACAAAGACUGAGGGUGGGACGGCUACAGGAAUGCUAGCCAUUCAGGAAUGUACUAUACUACUUUGGGGUGGUAGGGGUUAGGGUGGGAGAAGAGGGGUCCUAAAGGAUGCCUUGAAAAGGUUUGGGAUUAUUGUGGUUCUUCUGGAAUAUGAACUGGAAUAUGAACUCUAACCAAAUGUUAGAGGGAGGUGAAUAAGAGAACAUGGAGCUCAGAGGAAGGUCAAAUCAGAGAGCUCAAUGGAGGGAGUGAAUAUAGAAGAAGACCAGGUACUACUUGAUCCAAAAACACUGAGAAGACACUAAGGAGACUGGGGUGUCUGUCUGCACUUAUAUGGGAGACAAAACCCAACCCUCUUGCCUCGACUCUGGGGUAGGGAAGGGACGGAGUAGGGGUAGGAUAAGACCACUACUGAUUGUUACCAAGUUAUUAUGCAUUUGUAUCUUCCACUGGACAAAAUUUUGCUCUAAAAUGAUAUAUGGUUCAAACCAGGUCGCAGGUUAGAAUUCUCAAGCCGACUAGGUGAAAAAUAUGUCAAUGUGCCCCUGAGCAAGGCUCUUAACCCUAAUUGCACCUGUAAAUUGCUCUGGAUAGGAGUGUUUGCUAAAUGACUCAAAUGUUCAUUUCUGUCCAUUUCCACUCAUCACAAAUCAAACUUCUUAGGCACCCCUUACCUCAUCAGCAUCUCCUGUUCAUCAUUUCACCUUUUUACUGAGGAACAGAGGGUGUUCCCGUGGUGAUGGGAGAUGGAGGGUGAGAAUGUGAUUGUCAUUGGGGCUUUGCACUGAAGGCUGCUGCUAUGGUGGACUUGUUAAGGAAAUAACUGAUGUAUCCUGUUGCGCCAGUUGAAUUCCAUCCCAUGUUAAAACACUGUUUAUUUAUAAUCCUGUUCAUAUUAUGACUGUGUUUAUCUGUGUUUCUGCACAGACAGAUUCUUGCUGUAUGAAUGCACGAGAAAAGGAUCUGAGAGGCUAUACUGUAUGUAUUAUCACAUGAUUGGCAUGGAAGACUUUAUAGAGCUGCUUGUUUCCCUCUAAACUGUACAACCAGGAUACAAGGAUAAUCACUACUGCUUCACCUCCCCCUAAACCUACUGCCUGAGCAAUCUGUGUGUGUAUGUGAGAGUACAAUACUCUAGUCCUCUUGAAGAUGUCUCCCAUUUCAUUGUUUUGCAAUAGGUCCUUUCUAAAUGUAUUUUUUGUUUUUUAGCAAAGACCUUUUCUGAUUUUUAUUGUGUGUGUGUGUGUGUGUGUGUGUGUGUGUGAUACAUUGAGUUUGAUCAGCACCAGGUAAUAUGGGGUACUGUACAAUGAAAUGCACAAGUGUAUUUAUCAGAGGUGUCAACAUUUUACAGUUGAAGCAACUAAAUGAUAUCUGAUCAAUCAUAUCCCUCCACAUUAUUCCCCCCUCAUCCUCAGUAGCUACUAGAUCUAGCACAAUUGUUAUUCAAAUUAUCCAUCUUUUUUCAUUUUCAACCUUCCAGAUGUUGUUUUCAAUAAUAUCCAUUUUAGCUGUUAAUAAUCAUGUCCUUUUAUUAUAUAACGUGUGUGUGUUAGGCCUACAUUUCAACUGCAGUUCUUUGCAUUAUGAUCAUUAUUAAAAAGGAAGAAUUCUGA